AUCAGAAGCUUUGAAAUGCAAAAGCAUGGCUGGAAACGACAGAGCUAGAAACACUACUAAGACUGACAGCAAUGGCGUCCUCUGCAUCACAGAGAAGUGGAUAAGAGAGCAUCUCAACCUGCAAAAAGAUACCCUAGAUGACGUGAGGUCCAUCUCCCUGCCUGGGUCCUAUUACGAGAAAAUAACUCACCUCAGCAGAUCGCUGGCUGGGUUUGUCCGCCUCAAACAUCUUGACCUUUCGAGGAACGCCCUUGAGUCGCUGGAGGGACUUGAGCAUCUGAAGCAUCUGGAAUCCCUCAACAUCUACUACAACAACAUUGGAUCACUGACAGAGCUGUUCAGACUCAGACACAACAAGAAACUAAAGGAUUUGGACCUUCGCCUAAACCCAGUUACAAAGAACGAGACAGACUACAGACUCUUUAUGGUCCACAUGCUGGUCAACCUCAGGAAGCUAGAUGACCGUGGUGUGAGGGAUGCUGAGAGAAGAGCCGCCUUACUACAUUUCAACUCUGAUCAGGCUCACUUGUUUGACAGAAGCCUUCCAUCUAGCACACCUGUAGCGUCAUCACGCAGUGGCAAACAUUUGUCUUCAAGGAAAGAGCUGGUCAAGUCACUGGCCCCCAGACCCAGCUGUUUAGACAACGACACUGAUGAACUGUUGGAUCUGAUCUCUAAGAGGGACCAAGCUCGUCAGCUCCACACCCCCUCACACCAUCACAGCCUGCCCACACACAGCGGAGAUAAAAGGGGGGUGGGCCACUUCACACUGACACCCACUCCACGCUCUCUUAGUGAACCGGAGCAGAGCAGUAUUACCAAUGAUGAUGCUGAGAUUGUAAAGGUGGGUCGUUACCAUAGUGAUGAUGGAGUGCCCGCUGCUCUAGAAGAUUUGCUCGGAUUUAUGCAAUGGUUUGUUGACGGAGAUCUUGGUCCGCUGCAGAGAGACUCAGAGUUCAAAGAUAAAUUUAGUGACUGGCUCCGAGCUCACAUCCCCCCACCCUCCAUACGCCCACACACCUCACACCACACACGCCCACGGGAUGAACAGGAGAGGCAAGGUAAACUUGAGGAAAGCGUCAGAGAUCUUCAACAACAGCUGGACAAUGUUACUACAAACUUGCAAGAAAAGGAUGCGGAAAUUACUCAAUUAAAGGGUCAGUUGCAGCAAAGCCAGGCCGACUCUAAUGUGCUGAGUCAGCAUUUUGAGGAGAGCCGUACUAAAUUAUCGGAGGAGGUGUCAGGGCACAAGAGGUCGAGGGAGGAGUUACGACAUCAGCUGGGAGAGACUGUCAGGGAGGCUACUUCCCUCCAUGAAAUCAUUGCCACUCUGAAGGAGGAAAAUGCUUCUCUGAGAACGACACUGGAUCAGGCUCCACCCACCAGUCGCCUAGAUACCUUCAAACAACAAAUACGGUCCCUUGAGGUUGAGAAGGAUGAUUUGAGAGCUGAAUUAGAGGCUGCUGCUGAGAGGGGUGUGGCUGAGGCUGACACCAUGACGCAGCUCCACCAGCUGGCUGUCAUGCUUCAGGAGAGUCACAGGUCACUAGUGGCAACCAACAGUCACCUGCUACAAGAACUGGAGGAGUCAAAACUCAGACACUCACAAGAGCUCUCUCAAAUGAACAUGAACUAUAACACACUCAGGAAAACUAUUGACUUGUAUGCUUCAUCAACAUAACCAACUCGGCCAUCACUUUGAUACAAUAUUAUACAUGACAUUGCAAUAAUAAUGUUGUAUUAUAUGCGGCACAAAUUAUCACUUUCUUUCUAUAAGAUAUUGUAACUACA